AUGUCCCUCCUUUUACGGCGCCGCUCCGGGCAACACUUGGAGAACCUUUCGGAUGAGUCCCUCGUCAGCCAUAAGAGUCAGAUUGUACCUGCAAUGACCUUGCCAGAUGAUUACGACCCGCGGAUCAGAGGCAAGGGCGUUCAUGACUUCAGCGCUCCUCGCCCGCAUCGAGGGUUCUCCUACCACAAUGAAUCCCAGUCGAGCACAGAUUCUACAAGCAAGGAGAAACUGCGUCAAGAGUCUCGAGCAGAUGGCGUUUUAAAUCCAGAUCGGAACUCCGCUGACUCAAGCCCGUCGAAAGUGGACAGGGCCCAUACACCAGUCUUUAGAGAGCACUUUGACGACGAUUUACAACCUCAAGAAUCGGAGUCUGCAAUCCGUGCCGAAGCGCUGGCGAAUCAUGACUUCCUCAAAAGAGCGUCUCUGCAAGCGUCAGAUAAAUCAUCAAAGUCUAUUCCACCGUUCGCUAGACACUCACCACUAUCAUCGCCGCUAAAGUCCAUCUCACCACCUUUGGAUCCCGCCGAACAACGCACAGAAUCCCCUCCGUUAGCAACCGUGCCGGAAUCCCCUCUUACUGGCACAUUUGAGGGAAGAGCUUUCCAGCGCACACCUCCGAAAGCGCGCUCACGAGCUUUGUCCGGCGGGGAUACCGCCUGGCAACCUGCCGGACUGCCUGCACAUAUGAACAGCAGGUCAUCCCGCUUUAGUUUCCAAAUGUCCGGCGGAGAUUCAUCGACUGAAGAGAGACUGCUCGAAGAGCGUCACAAGGCGAAAGCUGCUGCUAAGGCGGAGGCGGCAACAUCCACUACGCCAUCGCAAAGGCAUGAGCCAGAUCCGUAUGAAGAGGAAGAAGACGACGCCUACGAUUAUGAUGGCUUAGAUGACGGGGGGUAUGAGGAAGAGAUCAACAUGAUUGGAGCUGAUGCGGAUGACGAAGAUGGCUUUGGUGCGUCUCCACUCAAUGCCCAGCCGACGUUGAGCAUGGGAGACGUCGGCUUUCAAAACGCGUGGAAGAUUUCAAGCAAUCCAAUGAAUGAAUUCUCGCUCCCUGAACUCGCUACCCUUCUGUCGCAGAACACUACGGGCCAUGCUAUUGAGCCAAUGGAUGAGGCUGAAGAUGACCUUGCUGCGCAUACUUCGGAGCAUGAGACUUACUUCGCCACCUCCUCUCAUCCUAUCCAGGACAUCCACGGGCUCGGUCUCAUGGACCUGAACGCUGAUGCCGUUGCUGGUGCCCAGCGGAUCCAUGAGACACCGGAUGCACCUCCCAGCCAUGCGGUCAGCGGAAGGCAAGAUUCUGGAAAAGCGAUCCAUGCGAAAGAGCUUAGUGAUGAUCUCUACUUUGACGACGGCUUGAUUGAAGUUCGGGAUGAUGUAGAUGGUGAUGAUUUCGACGAGUCAACCUUCGAUGACCCUAGCGGUCCGCUUUACGCGCGGCCGCCUCCUAAGCCACGACCUGACGCGGCCGCGUUAGACGUGGGUGAUGCUUUCCCGUCAAGUGGUCCUGUUAACGGAGGAGCUGAGACGAGCAACACGGAUAUCAUUGACGAUAAUGACGCUCUCCACCAGCGUCCCCGCAAUACCUCCAGCGCACUACCGCUUCAUCAAUCUCACAAACUGUCUGGAGGACCUUCCGCCGGCUUCAACAACCUGAUGGCUUAUCACAGCGCUCUUGCUGAUGCCGCCAGCAAAGCAGCGGCGAACGGCCGCUUCACUCGCAAAGACAGCACGAGCAACAAUAGUGCGCCUUUCACACUCUCCACUGAGGAAAGUGAAAGUAACGUCGCUGCUCUUGAUGACUCCAGGUCAAGUCUAAUGCCUUCCGACGGCUGCUCCAGCCAUGAAAGUGCGACGACCUCUACAGGACUCGGCAUGACUGGCCCGGCGGAUGAAGGAUAUGGCAUAACACGCUUCCAAGAUGACUACGACUACUCAGACUUUGACGAUAACGCAGAAGACGAUCCGAUGAUCGCAGCGGCAAACGCAGAGGCCCUCGCUUACGAUUCCGAUGGCUUCUAUGGGCAAGAGUUUGGAUUCUACGCUGCACCGAUACAGAGCCUAGAAGAUGCAGAGGCUCUAGGCGCAUUCGGCGGCUUCUUUGGCCCGAAAGGCUUCGUAGAGAUUGGGAGGAGAAACACGCUCCGCGAGCCGAACUUGACACCGAUAACCGAGCGCAGUGAGUUCUCGACUAGGAACUCCUUCAUCAGUCUCAAGCAGUUCAACUCUUCGAGCUUAACUGGAGCGCUGCCGUCGCCUGGUCUUGCCCAGCUCGCAAGAAUGAGUCCCUAUGGCUUCCCCAACGGAUAUGCUACGGAUGAAGAUACGAGUGACAUGGAAAUGUCCUUGCUUCAGCUUCAGAAGCUGAAGAAGAGCGCCUUCGGUGGAAGCCAAGUCAGCCUCGGAAGUACAGCCAGCAGUCCGAGAAACAGCAGCCCGACGGUGCAGCUCGGACACUUCAAGGAUAGGGGUCAGAACCACAUGGUGCCUGUCCAGCAAGCUAUUGAAAGUGACAAAGGCUACAGCAGCACUCCAGACAGCGGUAGCGUAGCCGCCAAAGCUGUGACAGAUGGUGACCUGGAGAACGAAACCCAGGACAUGGACGACUACGAAGCCGAACUCGAUGGCGCCGAAUUCAACUAUAACAGGGACUCUUUCAUCUCCGACGACGAGGACGACGAAGACUACCCAGGGCGAUCUACCAGCCCGACCAUCACCGCAGCGAACCAACUCGAGCCUGCACACGCCGGAAGCGAAAGGCAGGAGCGGACAGCAUAUCCCCACCUCUCCCUCAACACCAACCAACCCUCCGCCUAUUCCUUACCUACCAUCUCGCCGACGUCGCCAUUUCUAGGCUUCCCAACCAGCACCACUUCGACGUUCUUCCCCUCAGCACCCUCGUCAACCACCAGCUCCCCCGCCAAUCUCAAACCAGCGCAGCUCCCGCCCUUCACCUUCCCCGCUAACACCACGGCCUACACCCCCCUUUUACACUCUCCCACCCUCGUAUCCCCACCACAACCGCCCCCGCCCUUGACAUCAACAACCCUCGACCGCUCCCGCGCGGCUACAACAAAAGGCCACUCACGACAGGGCAGCGCGGCGGACAGUGUGGCAUAUGUGCGCGAGGACGACGAAAAGGGAGGAAAGAGGUGGGUGCUUGAGCGGAGAAGGACGGCUGAGACGGGGGAGCUGGAGUUGAUUGGUAGGACGGUUGUGCUGGGGGGCCGGAUCUAG